GUUGGGUCCGCGUCUCCCGGAAGCUGUAGCGAACCCCGUGCCGCUGCAGUGUUGCGCUUUCCUGUUUACGGGCGGGAAGAGCGAACUGGAAGCGACUCUGUUUAAACCCACAGCACGUUUGUGUGUUUGUUUGUUUGUUUUAUUUCUCCCCUAGUGCUUCUGGUUUGCAGGUUUUAAUGAUACACGUGGUGUAAGCGGGGGAACUAUUAGGGUGGAACACAUGGAGGAUCCUCCUGCAGACUGCGGCGCUGGUGCUGGUGGUGGUGAUGGAGCAGCAGUGGUGGUGGUGGGCCCCACGGUGCAGGUGGCGGAUAUCUGCUGGCCGAGCGGGGCUCUCCCUCUCCGGCUCCUGGAGUGGAAAGUGAAGCCGGGGACUCUGGUGAACCUGGACUCCGUGCUGGCUCUCUGCGCGCCCAUCGCCCCGCAGGAGAAGGCGGCAGAGGCGGCCAGGCUGCCGGAGAGGAAAGUCAAGUCAGACCGCGCUGGAGUCAUCAAGGAGCUAUGCUGCCAGCUCGGGCAGGUCAUACCUCCAGGGGGUGUCAUCGUCCGAAUAGAGGAAUGCAGCCAUCCAGUAGUAAUGAAGGGUUUAUGUGCUGAAUGUGGCCAGGACCUGACUCAGCUGCAGAACACGAAUGGGAACCAGCAAACUCCCAUCUCCACAGCAACCGUCUCCAUGGUGCACAGUGUCCCCGAGCUGAUGGUCAGCUCCGAGCAAGCAGAACAGCUGGGCAGAGAAGACCAGCAGAGACUCCACCGGAACAAGAAGCUGGUCCUGAUGGUGGAUCUGGACCAGACGCUGAUCCACACCACUGAACAGCACUGCCAGCGUAUGUCCAAUAAGGGUAUUUUCCACUUCCAGCUCGGCCGAGGAGAUCCGAUGCUCCACACACGACUGCGGCCGCACUGCAAGGCAUUCCUGGAAAAAAUCGCCAAACUCUAUGAGUUGCACGUCUUCACGUUCGGGAGCCGCCUGUAUGCACACACCAUUGCUGGCUUUCUGGAUCCUGAAAAGAAGCUUUUCUCUCAUCGGAUCCUUUCCAGAGAUGAAUGCAUCGACCCUUUCUCCAAGACGGGGAAUCUGAGGAAUCUUUUCCCGUGUGGCGACUCCAUGGUCUCCAUAAUCGACGACCGAGAGGACGUGUGGAAGUUUGCACCCAACCUCAUCACUGUGAAGAAAUACAUCUACUUCCAGGGCACGGGGGACAUCAACGCUCCGCCUGGAUCACGGGAAGCUCAGAUGGCAAAGAAAGCAGCAGGCCCGUCAAGUCGACCAGCAGACAGCACCGAACCAGCGGGGACAACGAACGCCGAUGAGCUAAACAACGGCCCCAGGAAAAGAACGAAAGACCAGAGCAUUUCUGGAAAGGAAGAAUCCACAACAUCUCCGUCUUCUCAGGGAGUACCAGCAAACGAACGGACACACCCGACAGGGGUCGUGGAGGAUGAAUCGGGACGAGGUAAAGGUUCAGAGGCCGAGGCGGAGUCUGUGACGGCGUCGAAGGAAACUCAGGUGGGCGACGGAACAAAUGUUAAGGAAGACGAAAGCAACAGGACACUGGUGACACGAGAGGCGCAGGAAAGUGCAAACUCCUCGGCACCGAGCCAGGAGUCCAAUAACUUGGACUUUGAUCUUUCUAGUGACAGUGACAAUGACUCCAUGACGGAAAAGCCUCCCUCAUCAGAGAGCGAGAGCGAAGCCAAGUCGGGCCAGGCAAAGAAACCCGAGCAGGAAGGAGUCACACCUGUCGAUGGGGAAGGAGAUAGUAAAGUCCGCAGUGAAGGGGAAACCAGCUCUGACCCAGCAGAUCCGUCUGGAGUUCUUCUCCCAGACCCCGAGCUGGGAAACGGCUGCUCAGACCGGAGAGAGCCGGAGACCGAGUCGCAGAAUAGCGAACAGUCCGGGGUCACCAUGGGGGAGGAGCUGCUGGACCAGAGCAUGGAGGAUGAGGAGGACGAAGAUGAAGUCGAUAUCGACCAGGACGAUCACCUGAUCUACCUGGAGGAAGUGCUGGAGAGGAUCCACGCGGAGUACUACGCACGGUACGAGGCCUACCUAAAGAAGGAGGCGUCCGAAAUGCCCGACAUCCGCAAGAUUGUCCCGGAGCUGAAAGGCAAGACACUGGAGGGCACGACGAUAGUGUUCAGCGGGCUGUACCCGACCAACUACCCCAUGGAGAGGACCCGCGAGUUCUACCACGCCAAAGCACUGGGGGCCAAGAUUGGCAAGAACCUGGUUUUUAACUCCCAAGAUGCCUGUCGGACAACGCAUCUGAUCGCAGCAAGAGCCGGCACCGAGAAGGUUCGUCAAGCACAAGGCUGCAAACACCUCCAUGUUGUCAACCCCGACUGGCUGUGGAGCUGUCUGGAGCGCUGGGAGAGGGUGGAGGAGCAGCUGUACCCGCUGAAGGAGGACUACACCAAGAUGCCGAGGAGCAACAGUCCAGCAGCAUUCCCAGACAUGCAGGGUUCCCUGCAGAAACAUAUUUUCCACCCAGCCCCCAUCCACCUCAGACCUCAGCCUCCAGCCCCGGAGGUUCGAACCUACGACCCCGUCACGGGGAAGCUCAUCCGCAGGGGCCCUCAGGUGCCCCGGACGCCAUCCUACCUCCAGGCAUCGGGGUCUUUGUCGCUCUCUGACCACGGAGAGCAGUCUUGUCUCAGGGGAAGUUCAACGAGCCAGCAAGAUGACGCGGCGGCGGGUUCCAGCCAAGACAACGAGCAGCCGGGACCGUCCCGUCGGGAACGCCAGCCGAGCAUGUCGGAAACGAUGCCGCUGUACACGCUCUGCAAGGAGGACCUCGAGAGCAUGGACAAAGAGGUGGACGACAUGUUGGGUGAGGAGAGCGACAACGAGAGUGAGGGCCGAGGGAAGGAGAAGCCGGGUAAUGAGGAGGUGGAGGAUGAAGGGGAGCAGCGUCGGCAUCAGCAGCAGCAGCAGCAGUCAGGAGCUGGACAGACAUCAGCAGGAGGAGGAGAGCUCGGUCCUCAGGCGAUGAGCGUGGAGGAGAGGAUCCAGACUCCAUGCAGUGAGGACAAGGUGACAAGGGGCCACAAACGUAAGCAUGAUGAAGCUAAGGAGGAAGAGGACGACCGCAAGGAGGAGGAGGAGGAGGCGGCGGAGGAAUCUGCUGACGAGUCUUCUAAAGACUCCAACGAGGAAGAAGGAGGAAGCAGCUCGGAGGCCGACGAGAUGGCUGCAGCCUUGGAUUUGGAGCUCAAUGACUUUAUGUGACGUGGAAAAGGAAAAGGACUCAUUCACAGGAAAGGGACAACGAAAACAUCUCCCCUGGUCUCCCCUACAUGUGGUACCUAAAAAAAUCCUAUUUUUCUGCUUUGGAAUCGGUGUGUAUGAGCCAUGAAUGAGUGCUGUAAUAAAAAAAUGAAUGUCCUGUACAGAAAUGACGCGUUGCUGUGUAAAUAAAAGGCUUCGAUUUUUUUUUUUGUAGAAUUGGUGUAUGGCCUUUUUGGCAUAAAACAUUUUUGAUGUUCAACAUUUUAUUGUAAGAUAAACUAUAGGAGGCAUAAAAUUUGAUACUUUUCUUUGUUUUACUUUUUUCUAUCUCAAUUUUUAUAUUGAUGAGAAAAAAUGAUAAAUGAAAUUAUACAAUGCUCGUACAUGCCAAAGAGUUUGAAAUAGGUUUGCCAAGAGGCGUGCAGCUAAAUAUUUUACUCUAGACUUCCAGUUUUACUUUUUUUUUUUUUUUUUUUUUUUUUUUUUGGGCCUCCACAACAGUUUGUGAAGGUCAUAAAUGCAACCAGCAGAGCUAGACGUUUGAAUGUGUUUUCCUGAAUCAUCUCUUCCUCCUCAACGUGUUUGUACAUUUGAUAACAUUGUGGUGAGGUAAGAUUCUCUGUCAACGUGAACUGAAUCCAACUAAACUCCAUUUUCAUGUGUUUUAUAAGUGUUGGCUCACCUUUCCCACCUCUACUAUAGUUGUCGUACAGUUGAGAAGGACAGUCUCUCUCAUUAAGCCUCUGUUUGUUCACACUGGAGCUUAAACCUUGUGAAGCCUCGUGACCACUAAGGGUAAGUUAGCCCAAAUUACAAAACACAUUUCUCUCACUUCCCUUUGGUGUUAUCUAAUAAUCAAAUAGUCUUAUUUUAAGGUAUACAUACCUGAGAUUUCUGACGAUGGUACGGAGCCACCAGGAGGUUCAAAUGCUAGAAAAACAAAAUGUCAAUAUGGAACUUAAUCUAAAAUAAGCAAACGGAUGAUUUAUUUUUGAGAUAAAGCUUGAGAGAUGUGACUUUUUCAAGAUUUUUUUAGAGAGAAAAUAUGUUUGGGUUAUUUGUCUGAGCAAACCCUUUAAACCUGCACGAGGCAAGAUGCUAAUACAGUGUAUAAGCUUUCUAAAAUGAUCCCAAAAGACAAUUCUUUUCUCCAAAUUUCAAUUUUUUGACUUUUUUUUUGUCUGUCCAAAGCAAGAUAACCUCAAAGUAACUAUCAGCGAGCAGAGAGUGGCGUCCCUUUUUGGUUUGAACCGGCCUGGUUGGUAAAUAUAACCAGGCCGCGUGCACUUUACUUUAACAUCACACAUUGAAGGAUUUCUAUAAAAAGCUUCCAUCUCACUGCCAUUUGAACCUCCGUAUACCAAGGUUGCUCACGUUCACCGUUAAUGUUGAUGGCAUCUAUAAAAGCUUCCAAACAGGGAGAGAUCUUUCUGACAUGAGAGCAGAUGUCUGGUUGAAUCUCUGCCUGACAAAUGAUUUACCCAUCAGCUUCACCUCAUACAACCCCAAAAACACAUCAACAUUAUCCUUUUACAGUGACAGUCAUCCCUUUUUUCUGUUUUGUUUGUGUUUGUGGUGUUGGAGUUUAAAUCAAACAACUGACUUGUAUAGUAUUUGUAAAGUCUAUUUCCUACUUGACCCUGAGAGAAAAAGAUACUUUCAUCAAAUAAAAAUGUU